AUGGCAAAUGAUUACCAGACCUUACGCAAAUUCGCGUUCAAAUUCAAGUUCAAAAAACGAGGGUACAAGCCGGAUCAGGGCGUAAUCGACAUGUGCAACAGGCUGGCAACCACGUAUGCAAAAGUCCACAAGAAAUUGAAAAUGUACAACAUACUGUACGAUCCUGACAAGAACGAGCGCGAAAACAUGAAGCGCACCAGUACUACCGAAAAAAUAGUGGACAAGCUGCUCGAUUUCUACAAGGCCCUGGACCACGUGAUCAAAGAGUUUGUAUCUGCCGUGUUCUUACGCCCGAACACACACGAAAUAACGUAUAUGAGAGGCGUGCUUGAGUAUCUCAACAAUAUUUUACGCAUUUGUUUCCGUUUCGAUCACGACCGAAACAACUAUGAAUCGCUGUUUCACGACUUUUCAUUAAGAAAGCAGCUUACGCCCGUUGCCACACAGUACACAAGAGAAUAUCUCUUUCAGACAUCCUUGUUUUGUGCUUGCAGCAUGCCUAUGGCCACACUUUUUGUUACUCAGUUUGUAUCACCUGAAAAGUAUAUAAAAAACGAUUUCUACUGUAGGAAGGAGGCACUGCUCAUGAACAAGCAGAGGAAACGGUUCAUGUAUUUAAUUUGUUGUAUAACGAGGAAAGAGAAGAAUUUGAGGUAUUGCUUCCUGUUUUUUAGUGGCACGUAUUGCAAUUAUUACCAGUCGGAAUAUGUUGAGUACAUAGCAAAGGAAUUGGAGAAGGACAAGCGUAAGUACUUUAUGGGGAUGAAGAGAAUAUAAUGCAAUG